ACCAUGACGUUUGUGCGUGGUGACGGUGAUCAGCCGACUUCUGAAGAGGAGGGGAAUCAGCAGAAUUAGCUGGUGUGUGAAUCUAGAAGUCUAGUGGACUCUGAAAUAUCUGUUGGAAGAAAGGGACGUGAACCUUGGUGUGUUAGAGAGAGAAGACUCCGGUGGGGUUUGUUUUCACCAUGGCCAGUUUGGACUAGGGAACAGCCAGGAUGAUCGGAGGACUAUUCAUCUACAACCACAAAGGGGAGGUCCUUAUCUCCCGCGUCUACCGUGAUGACAUAGGGCGCCACGCAGUGGAUGCAUUCCGUGUGAAUGUGAUCCAUGCCCGGCAGCAGGUGCGCUCUCCCGUGACCAACAUCGCACGUACCAGCUUCUUCCACGUGAAACGCUCCAACAUCUGGCUGGCGGCCGUCACCAAGCAGAAUGUCAACGCAGCCAUGGUGUUUGAGUUCCUCUACAAGAUGUGCGACGUCAUGGCCGCCUACUUUGGCAAGAUCAGCGAGGAGAACAUCAAGAACAACUUUGUGCUGAUAUACGAGCUGCUUGAUGAGAUCCUGGACUUCGGGUACCCUCAGAACUCUGAGACGGGAGCGCUAAAGACCUUCAUCACCCAGCAGGGCAUCAAGGGCCAGCAUCAGACAAAGGAAGAGCAGUCUCAGAUCACCAGUCAGGUGACGGGGCAGAUUGGCUGGCGUCGUGAAGGCAUCAAGUAUCGACGCAAUGAGCUCUUCUUGGACGUGCUGGAGAGUGUCAACCUGCUCAUGUCGCCUCAAGGUCAGGUACUGAGCGCUCAUGUAUCCGGACGGGUUGUAAUGAAGAGCUACCUGAGCGGAAUGCCGGAGUGCAAGUUUGGCAUGAACGACAAAAUUGUAAUUGAUAAGGCGGGCAAAGGUGGAGUCACUGACGACGUGGCCAAGAGCACCACUGGGAAACAGUCCAUAGCCAUUGACGACUGCACGUUCAACCAGUGUGUCCGCCUCAGUAAGUUUGACUCGGAGCGCAGCAUCAGCUUCAUCCCCCCCGACGGCGAGUAUGAGCUCAUGAGGUACCGCACCACCAAGGACAUCAUCCUUCCGUUCCGAGUCAUCCCGCUGGUCCGGGAGGUGGGCCGCACCAAGCUGGAGGUCAAGGUGGUCAUCAAGUCCAAUUUCAAACCCUCGCUACUCGCCCAGAAAAUUGAGGUGCGCAUUCCCACGCCGCUCAACACGAGUGGUGUCCAGGUGAUCUGCAUGAAGGGCAAGGCCAAGUACAAGGCCAGCGAGAACGCCAUCGUAUGGAAGAUCAAACGCAUGGCUGGGAUGAAGGAGUCUCAGAUUAGCGCUGAAAUCGAACUGCUGCCUACCAACGAUAAAAAGAAAUGGGCCCGUCCUCCAAUUUCAAUGAACUUUGAGGUUCCAUUUGCCCCCUCGGGACUGAAGGUUCGUUACCUGAAGGUUUUCGAGUCCAAACUGAACUACAGUGAUCACGAUGUCAUCAAAUGGGUUCGCUACAUCGGUCGGAGCGGCAUCUACGAGACUCGUUGCUAAUGUCGGGGGAGUGGCCUGUGGGGACACCUGGCGAUCUUCACGUUUUGUCUUUGGUCCUCUUCCCCUACAUCCCAGAAUCUCUUAAUGUCGAAGUAAAAGGCAUACCGCACAGAUAGAUGCAACUGUUUUAUUGCAUCUUUAAGUAUGAUUUGACUUGCAAACAUAAUGAACCUGUGUAGAAAGCAGACAAUGUGAAAACCAGGGAGUGGAUGUUGAAGGUCUUUGGAGAAAGGUUGUCACGGUCUAGUCUGCCAUUGGGUGUCUUCUAAAGUGCCCCUUUUUGAGAUUGUUUUUCUAAGUGGCCUUUUGGGUCCAACAUGCUUUCUCUACCCUCUCCCCGCAUGUAGUGAGCUUGAUAAGACUCUAGAAAUGGCAGUUUAUUGGGUGGGACUCUUCCUGACCGCUACAGUGACUAGGCUUACCUCAGACCCACUGCUUAUGAGUGCUGUGGUGGCAUCGCCCCCUGGUGGUCACAUUGCCUUGCCUGGGUCGUCGUCAUUCUGUCCAAUGAAAUCUAAUCAUGUAACCAGCUUGCAUCUUGUUCUUGUUUUCACCUGAUUAUCUGCACUGUGGGUAAGGAGAUGUGCUAACGCAGAGUGUCAUUGUAUAUUAAACUGUGCCUGGCUAAACCAAC